AUGCAUCACUUCUUCUACAGUCCACGGUCUGUGGUCGAGGCUAGUGUCAGCGGCUCCUCACGUCAGCCUGGCUCCAUUCUCACCGGAAAACAACAAAAAUGCUCAAACCACAGUUCUGCGUCUGCCUUUGACCGGAUACAGCCUGUGAUGAAUGAAGCAAAAGAAGACUGCGGAUUCGUUCAUCUCCAGCUCGUGGAAAGACACCGAGAGGUUGAUAUUAACCCGACCGUGACCUACCCUUUAUCUUCCGCCCGGACACAAUACAUGACUCCCGCGCUGCAGUGA